AUGAUCGAAAGAGUGGUCGCAGCAUCUCCAUCCCCCGUCGAGACUGAGGUGUACUUGGUAAAGCACUUUCUGCCUGCUGGGCCGUGGGCCUGCUCGUCGCCGUCAAAUUUCCGAAGCCCGCUCUCAAUUUUGGGUCCACGGUCAGUGCUCCGAAGGACGUUCCCCUGGUGGUGGCGCAACCACGUGUGGGCCCGGCUGGUGGAGGUCGUGGACUCGUUCUGGGCAUCCCAAGUGGAAGGCGCGGGGAGAGAGCGUCUGGAACGUGCAGGCAUCAUCUUGGUCUGGCGGACCGCUUCGAUCGAGAUCCGACCCUCAACCGAAAGAGCAAAGGUGGUUGUCCCUCACGCCGUCAACUCACGUGUCUCGGGACUCGUGCCACGAUGCAGCAGCACAUCUCGUGACACGCGUGACUUGAUGAUGACCAUCGGCCAUGACAAGGAGUAA